AUGGCUGAAUCUUUCAACCUGCUCGAUGCAAGCAUUUCCGACCUGCAAGAUGCACUCUCAUCUGGGAGACUCACAAGCGUGGACCUUGUUUCGCGGUAUUUACGAAGAAUCAGUAUCUACGACGCCAAUGGCCUUAAGCUAAGCGCAAUUCCAAUCCUCAAUCCAUCUGUCUUCGACGAGGCUGCGGCAUCUGAUGCACGUCGGGCAAAUGGAUUCCCUCCACGACCACUCGAGGGGAUUCCCUACUUGGUAAAAGACAACAUCAAAGUCAAAGGCAUGACCGUUGCGAAUGGCUCGCCGGCCUUUGAGAAUCUCAUUGCGAACGAAGAUGCAGCCUGUGUGCAGCUGCUUAGGAAUGCAGGCGCCGUGCUACUCGGCCGCACGAACAUGCCCGCGAUGGCGUAUGGCGGAAUGCAGCGCGGUAUCUGGGGUCGUGCUGAAAGUCCCUAUAAUGGAGAAUACCUUGCGGCAGCAUAUGCCUCUGGAUCCUCGAAUGGGUCGGCUGUCGCCACGACUGCGAAUCUGUGCGCGUUUUCUCUCGGAACGGAAACCGUCUCGUCUGGUCGCUCGCCGGCUUCAAAUAAUGCCAUCGUUGCAUAUACGCCGUCCAAGGGCCUUUUGCCGCUUCGUGGAGUCUUUCCGCUUUAUCCGACCUGUGAUGUCCUCGUGCCUCACACUCGGACUGUCGCUGAUUUAUUCCACGUCCUCGAUGUCUUGGCUGUUGCUGAUCCGACUCCAAGGGGGGAUUUUUACAAUGAGCAGAAAAUCAUUUCGAUUCCUUCUAUUACUGAUAUUCGACCCGGGUCGUUCUCAGCAUUGAUGGAGACUUCCGCUCUAAGGGGCAAACGCAUUGGCGUCUCAUUGAUGUAUAUUGGAGGCGACGACUCCUCUGUUUCACCGAUUAGCAAAGUGCAAACGCGCGAAUCGGUUAUCAAACUGUGGAAGAACGCUCGAAAGACAUUAGAAGCAUGCGGUGCUGAAGUGAUCGAAACCAACUUCCCCCUCGUAACAGAAUACGAAGCCAACGCUGCUUCAGGACAGCUCGUCACCGUCACCAACCUCCCGGAUGGCUGGGCCGGUAAAGAACGGUGCGAAGUUGUAUCACACGCAUGGGACGAUUUCCUCGUUGCAAACGGCCAGAAAGGUCUCAAUUCUUUAACCCUCGUCGAUCCAGACACCAUCUUCCCACUUGCUCCUGGCUCAUUACUCGGUACCCCAGAGGUCGCGAAUAAGCCGCGAUGGGGCGAAAUAGUCCAGUAUCCUCACACAAAACCCUCCUCCAUUUUCGAAAUUCCAGGUAUGAAGCAAGCGAUCCAAGCACUAGAAGAUGCUCGAAAAGAAACAUUUGAGAAUUGGAUGGAUCAGCUGGGCCUAGAUGCAGUCGUCUUUCCGUCCACUGCAGAUGUUGGCGCCGCGAAUGCAGACGUCAACAAGGAGGCGUCAAUAUUUGCCUGGAGCAACGGCGUCAAAUACUCAAAUGGAAAUCGACCCAUUCGCCACCUUGGGGUGCCUACCAUUUCAGUUCCAAUGGGUGUGAUGGAGGAUACCAAGAUGCCAGUCAAUCUCACUUUCGCUGGGAAAGCGUAUGAAGACAAUUGUCUCCUGAAGUAUGGGUAUGCCUAUGAGAUGGCAUCGAAGUGCCGUGUUCUGCCGCCUCUUGUGCCGGCUCUUGACUCGGAUUGCAUCUUGGGCGGGAAGAGCUUGUCUCAUCAUGGUCUGGAGCUUGUGGUGGAGACGCAGGUCAAGAAGGUUCGUGGUUCGGAUGUAGUGGCUCAGAUUGAGGGCUCUUCGAAGGGCGCCGUGUUGAAAAGUGUCGCGUGCUAUGUCAAUGGGCACCCGUGUGAUACUGUCCUGGUUCAUGGGAAAUGGUCAGCGAGGACUUCAUACCCGGUGUCUGAUCGAGAUGGGAAGUGGGAGAAAUGGGCGAGUCCUGCACUGAAGCAGACUAUUGUCGUGGUGAUCGGGUAUACAGAAGGUGGCUCGUCAGCUGGGAAGCUCGUUCUUCUCUGA